AUGUCUUCCUUCUAUAUCGAGAACAAAAGUGUUGGCAACAAGGCGGAAAGUGAGGAUUGGAGGAUUCGUGGCUAUAAUCCCCUGACGCCACCUGGUUUGCUACAGCAUGAGAUUGCCCAAACCCCUGAGUCAAAAAAGACCGUCCUCGAGAGUCGUGAGGAGGUCGUUUCCGUCGUAAACGGGACCGACGGGAAGCAGAGGCUGUUAGUCGUCAUCGGCCCCUGCUCUAUCCACGACCCAAAAGCUGCGCUCGAGUAUUGCGACAUGCUAUUGAAGGAGAAGGAAAAGCACAAGGACGAGCUUCUGAUCGUCAUGCGCUCCUAUUUGGAGAAGCCUCGCACGACGGUGGGAUGGAAAGGUUUGAUCAAUGACCCUGAGAUCGACAACAGCUUUCAAAUCAACAAGGGUUUGCGGUUGAGCAGGCAACUGUUUGUUGACCUCACCUCCCGCGGUAUGCCUAUUGCCAGCGAGAUGUUGGAUACUAUUAGCCCUCAGUUCUUAGCCGAUCUGCUCAGUGUUGGUGCCGUCGGCGCCAGGACAACUGAGAGCCAACUUCAUCGCGAACUGGCUAGUGGUUUGAGCUUCCCGGUUGGCUUCAAGAACGGCACCGAUGGGACCCUCAACGUCGCCGUCGAUGCGAUCGGGGCGGUACGACAUCCGCACCAUUUCCUGUCGGUCACAAAGCCGGGCGUCGUCGCCAUUGUUGGAACGGUCGGGAAUGAGGACUGUUUUGUCAUUCUACGUGGCGGGACUCGCGGCACGAACUACGAUGCUCAGAGCAUUGCAGACGCCAAAGCUACCCUACAAAAGUCAGGUGUUCGGCAAUGCCUCAUGGUGGAUUGCAGCCACGGCAACUCGCUGAAGAAUCACAAGAACCAACCCAAGGUGGCCGCCGUGUUAGCGGAACAGAUCCAAAAUGGUGAGGAAGCGAUCAUGGGCGUUAUGAUCGAGAGCAACAUUAACGAGGGCAACCAGAAAGUUCCUAAGGAGGGGAAGGACGGCCUGAAAUAUGGUGUGAGCAUUACCGACGCCUGCAUCGGGUGGAACGACACAGUGCAGGUGCUCGACCUCCUCGCCAACGCUGUCAAGACACGUAGAGAGGUUCUGGGUCAGAGAGGCAGUGUUUGA